AUGCGCAAGGAGAAGCUCGAGGCGACCAGCAAGCUAGACCUCCAGAGGGCGGAGCUCGAGAGCGCGAAGGCGCAGGCCCAGCGCGCCGCGGGCGCCGCGGCGGAGUUGAGCGACGCGAGGGCCCAGAACGACGACCUGCAGGUGCAGCUGCAACGGGUGCAGGCCCAGAAGGCCGCGCUCGAGGAGCGGUCCGCGGACACCGACGCGGCGUGGCAGGAGUUGCGGGAGAUGAAGGUGGAGAAGCUGCGGCUGGAGAGCGAGCUGGAGUGUGCGAAGAUGAGGGAGGACGGGAUGGCAGACAAGAUGAGGGGCUCGUUGGGCGGCGGGGCGGAGCUGCAGAAGGAGCGGCAGCGCGCGCAGCUGCUGGAGACGGAGCUCGAGGCCUCGAGGGCGCAGGUCGGCAGGCUGGGCGAGCAGCUGUCCAAGAUGACGCAGGAGAGCAGCGCGUCCAGGUCGAGCUCGCUGGACCAGCUUCGGAGCGAGCUCCUGAGCCGCAUAGACAGCCAGUCCCCCGUCUCGAAGAAGGCGAACGCCGAAGACGCCCCUCUGGAGGAGCGAUCUGCCGAGCCUGAGGGGCGGAAGACGCUGAUGAACCAGAGGGCGCUCUUCGACCAGAUCCGCAAGCAGUUCGCCGAGGCCUCAGGCCCAGUGGAGGCCGAGGAGGUGGAGGAGAUGGCCCAGGGGACCGAGGCGUCCAUCCGGGAGCUCGAGGAGGAGCUGAAGACGAGCAGGAGGGAGAACGUGGAGCUCAGCGUAAAGCUGGCGAAGCUUGAGGACGAGAUGCGGCAGCAGGGGAGCGAGGCCAGCCAGCUCCUGCAGAGGAGCGGCCAGAGCGCCGCCGAGGCCGAGGACACCCGCAUGCAGCUCGAGAAGGAGGCCGCCUCCGCGCGCCGGCACGCUUCGGAGAACGCGGAGCUCCAGGCGCAGCUCAGCGUGAUGGAGGGCGAGUUGGCUUCCAUGAAGAGGCGCCUCCUCGCCAGCGAGGAGACGUCCGUGCGCAGCGAGGAAGCGGCGAGGGCCGCCGCCCAGAAGGCCAGAUACCUGGAGGAGGAGCGCGGCGCGCUGGAGAGCCGGGUGCGCGAGGUCCAGGCGCAGGCGGCCGACGCCCAGAGGCGGGAGAGGGCGGCCGCCGCGCAGGUGGAGGAGCAGCAGCAGUUGGCAGAUCAGGCCAGGCAGGAUUUGAUGAACGCGGAGCGCCAGCGCAUCGAGAGCGAAUCGAACGCCAGGUGGCUGGACUCGGAGAACCAGCGCAUCAAGGUGGAACUGAAUGACGCGAACAGCGAGCGGCUGAAGAUAAAGCAGGUGGUCGAGGAGCUCAUGAAGUCGCAUGGCGAAGGUAACAGCGCGCAGCUCCAGGAGCAGGUCGCGAAGUUCAAGAAGCGGGCGGAAUACUUCGAGCGAGAGUACAACCAGUCCAAGCAGCUGAAUCAGGAGAUGACCAAAGUCAUGACGCAGAUGACUCAGGCCGUCAGCGAAAGGUCGGACCAGAACAGCGAGGCGGCCGGGCAG